AUGUCGUUUAAGUGUAAAGUGGUGGUUUCUCUGUGGUUUUUUGCCAUGUUUGGUGCUUCUGGAAAUGGGGUUUUGAUUAGAGCCUUGAGGAAAGGUCUCUAUGCUUCAUUCACCUGCACUUUUGCAUUAGGUGGGGCAAUAGUUGGAACAAUUGUGGGAGCCAUGAAAGGCCAAACAACUGAAACUGGGUUCCUUCAUGGGGCUGGAAUAGGUGCAGUGGCAGGUGCCAUUACAGCUAUGCAGUUACUAGAAUCAGCAGCUGAUGGAGAGUCAUUGUCCAAGCUUGCUCUCUUAACUAGCUUAAUGAAUGGCAAGGUUUUCACGGAAUGGGUAAGUCCAGCAAUGCUCAAAGCCUAUCAGUGGCAAAUUAGCACAUUGGAAACUACUUACAGAGAGAUUUCUGAUGUAUAUGAUGUCAAUGGAGUUAAAGGGCUUUCCAGAGAUUCAAUUCUAAAGCUUCCUGAAUUUACAGUUGAUUCUAAAAUCAUGGUCCAAAUUUGCCAUGAGCUUUGCUGUUCAAUUUGCUUACAGGAUUUCUUGGAGGGUGAUUCUGCAAGAAAGCUUCCUAAUUGUGGACACUGUUUUCAUUUGGAAUGCAUAGAUAAAUGGGUAACUAGAAAUGGCACUUGCCCUGUGUGUAGAGAAAGUGUUUGUAAAGAAACAUAUUUGUAGU